ACCCGGUCGGCCAGGCCCGCAGCCAUGUCGUCUGGGAACGCGGGGUCUGGCGGGCGGGAGGGCGCCCCGCGCGCCGCUGCCGCGCUCUGCGGCCUGUACCACGAGGCGGGGCAGAGGCUGAGGCGCCUGCAGGACCAGCUGGCCGCCCGGGACGUCCUCAUAGCGCGCCUCCGCGCCCGUCUGGCCGCGCUCGAGGGGGACACGGCGCCGUCGCUCGUGGACGCGCUGCUGGAGCAGGUGGCGCGCUUCCGGGAGCAGCUGCGGCAGCGGGACGGCGGCGCCGCGGAGGCCGCGCUGCGCCAGAAGCUUCUCGGUUCCUGGGGUCCAUCCCUCCUCGUGAGCACGCAGGAGGAAAUCGAGAGACUUUCCGAGCAACUAGAAGAAAAAGAGAGGGAGACGAAGCAGCUGAUGAGCCAGCCGGAGCGGGAGCAGAAGGAAGUGGCCCUGCUGAGGAGAGGCGCGGCCCAGAAGGGGCGGGCCCCGGCCGCCAGCGACAUCCUGUGCCGCUCCCUGGCCGACGAGACGCAUCAGCUGCGCAGGACGCUGGCCGCCACCGCCCACAUGUGCCAGCACCUGGCCGAGUGUCUGGAUGCACGCCAGCGCGCAAAGGGGGACGCGGGGGAGAGGAGCCCCGAGCCAGCGCCUGCAGAUGGGGACGGCUCUGUCCACGCAGUUGUUGCGAAGUUACAGGAGGAGAAUCGACUGUUGAAGCAGAAGGUGACUCACGUGGAAGACCUCAAUGCCAAGUGGCAGCGCUACGACGCCAGCAGGGAUGAGUACGUGAGGGGACUCCACGCACAGCUGAGAGGGCUGCAGGCCCCCCUCGAGCCUGAGAGGCCCUCCCCGCCCGAGCUGAUGAGGAAGGAGAUCUCCCGGCUCAACACACAGUUGGAGGAGAAAAUCAACGACUGUGCAGAAGCGAGGCGGGAGCUGGAGGCCGUGAGGAGGGCCCGGGACGCCGCGCUGGAGCGGGUGCAGAUGUUGGAGCAGCAGAUCCUCGCGUACAAGGAUGACUUCACGUCGGAGAGGGUUGACCGGGAGCGGGCUCAGAGUAGGAUCCAGGAGUUGGAGGAACGGGUGGCCUUGCUGCAGCGCCAGGUACCCUGCAAACAGGAUCCUCGAGAGCCAGGCUCUUGCCGGGUUCAUACUGGGGGCAAAACUCCCGGGUACUUAGAGACUGACGCUUCGGAGCUCGUGGCACCCGGUGGCUGGAGGCCUGGGAUGGGAUCCCAGCGGCCAGAACUCCCCGCAGAGGGCGGGAGCCCCGGAGCGACCCAGAGAGGCCAGGGGGACCUGCAGUGCCCUCACUGCCUGCAGUGCUUCAGCGACGAGCAGGGGGAGGAGCUCUUCCGGCACGUGGCUGACUGCUGCCAGUGAGCCCUGCUGGCCAGCGGCCCGGGGCCCGGGGGUGCUCCCAGCACGCAGCAGCGAGACGCGGGGCCCCCAGAACAGGCUGGGGGUGAUUCUGAGCCUUCCCCUUGGUCCCCCUUGGGUCAGGGGGCACUUCCGGUGGGGCUGGAGGGAGAGGUGGGGUUGGGAGCAUUCGUGCCCAGGAGGGCUCAGCCUCGCCUCUGGUGUGGAGUUUGACGUCCGAAGCUGUCAGUCAGGCUGAGGCCGUGCGAGACAUGGCGCGGGGUUCUCCCGGGCCCGCAGGACAGACCUGUCCCAGCCGCACCUGGGGAUGCUGCAGGUCACUGGGACAAGGUGGCUGCCCGUGGGAAGUGCGCCCACGCCCACCAGGAGGCGUGCACAGCUGAGCACUGUGCCUGCGCCGAAAUAAGGCUGCACUGCAAGAGUGGGUGCUGCAUAUCCGGAACUUAAACGUGUUUAUGUCACAUUACUUAUUUUUGUAAUAAAUGCACUUGCUACAGCGA